GCAAUCAACCUAGCAAAUUGCUAGGAAACCUGUUAACUUAUUAACUUCUCCCGGCAUGCAACAGCCAAAAUGGAGGAUCGCCAUGCGCCCAAUAUUUUGAUCACAGGCACCCCAGGCACAGGAAAGUCCAUACUUGGGCAGGAGCUUGCUGUGAGAACAGGACUGAAGUAUGUCAACAUCGGAGACCUGGCCAAGGAGAACAACUUCUUUGAGGACUGGGACGAGGAGCGGGAGUGUCAUGUUCUUGAUGAGGACAGGGUCAUAGAUGAGCUGGAGGUUCAGAUGACUGCAGGAGGGAACAUUGUGGACUACCACAGCUGUGAGAUGUUCCCUGAGAGAUGGUUCGACAUCGUGUUCGUGAUGAGAACCAACAACACCGUGUUGUACGACAGGCUGCAGAAUAGAGGGUACAGUGACAAGAAGAUACAAGAAAACGUUCAGUGCGAGAUUUUCCAGACACUACUAGAAGAGGCGAGGGAGUCGUACAAAGUAGAGAUAGUUCACGAGUUACAGAGCAACACACCGCAGGACAUGGAAACAAACCUCAACAACAUCUUACAAUGGCUCGUCCAAUGGAAAAAUGACCACUCAUAGAUGCUAAGGAUUAGGAUAAAGUAUUGCUA